AUGUCAUCACUCCGCACCAGCACCACAUCAGCCCAGUGUCCGUCCACCUCCAUCCACAACAUCCUCUGUCACUGGCACCUGGGGGGGCUACGUGUGCUGGGACAUCUGCAUCAAUCCAAGACCUCUACAACCUCAUACAUGUGUCGCCCGGCCGCUGAGGUAGAGCUGUCCAAAGUGCUGAGUCAGGGGCAGCUCCAUCGAUCCAUCACAGCGGCUGAGAAACUGGCAUUACACGCUCCACGCCUGUCCACUAGGGGCAGUGCAGUCUCUUCUCUCGCCGCAGACACGUCCACGCGCUGCAAAAUGGAGAGUCAGGACAGCAGGGAACCCGAGCAGGUCAGGAAGCUCUUCAUUGGAGGCCUCAGUUAUGAGACUGAUGAGGAAUCCUUACGAGCUCAUUUUGAAAAAUGGGGGACGCUUACCGACUGUGUGGUUAUGAGAGACGCUGGAACAAAGCGCUCCAGAGGAUUUGGAUUCGUCACUUACGCCACUGUUGGUGAAGUCGACGAUGCUAUGAGAAACAGGCCUCAUAAACUGGAUGGCAGGGCAGUUGAAUGCAAAAGGGCAGUGUCCAGAGAGGAUUCCAACAAGCCGGGUGCCCAUCUGACAGUGAAAAAAAUCUUUGUUGGAGGCAUUAAGGAAGACACAGAGGAGUUCCACAUUCGAGAUUACUUUGAACGCUAUGGGAAAAUUGAAAGUGUUGAAAUUAUGGAAGACCGCUCCAGUGGCAAAAAGAGGGGUUUCUGCUUUGUUACUUUUGAUGACCAUGACACGGUGGACAAAAUCAGUGGCCAGAAAUAUCAUACCAUCAACGCUCACCAUUGUGAAGUCAGAAAAGCCCUUUCAAAACAAGAAAUGAACAAUUUCUCUUCCAGAGGACGAAGUGACAGAUAUGGCGGGAGAGGAGGUUUUGGUGGAGAUGGAGGUAACUAUGGCAGAAGCGGCGGUUAUGGUGGAGGACGGGGUGGAUAUGGCGAUGACUAUGAUAACGGCCCUGGUGGAAAUUAUGGUGGUGGCGGUUAUGGAGGAGGGGGUGGUGGUGACUACAUGUCUGGGUCAGGGUACGGAAACCAAGGUGGAGGAUAUGGUGGGGGUGGAAGUGGAGGCGGAAGUGGAGGUUACAGGGAUGGAGGAUAUGGAGGUGGUGGUGGUGGUGGCGGAGGAGCCCGUACGGAGGUGGUGGUGGUGCUGGUGGUGGUGGCGGCGGCGGUGGUGGCUAUGGUUCUGGUCGUGGUGGGGGUAACUACAACUCCCCGAGAUAUUAAUGAUUUUCAUAAUUUGGCUUCAGUUCUUAGCAGAGAGUGA